GCAUUGAAACAGUUCACGCGCGAGAGUGAUUCAAUAUGGACGUAGGUAUCGGCAAGCCGCGGAUUAUCUAGAAGAAAUCGAGUAAAUAUAAAAUUUAACAAAAAUAAAGUGUAUACGAAUAAAAAACGAGUGGUGGUACAUUUGGGUGUGGAUUUGUGUGUUUGCAUUUGUGGCCAUCCGCGCAGCAUUACAUGUUUAAGGUGUACCCACUAAAUAUGGAUACUUGCGCGCUCUCGCCUCCCUCCAGUAAUUCGGGAGUAGUGCAUCGUGCAGUCGGUUGCCACAGUUUUUAAGCGGGCAACACGAGACGGACAGUGCCGAGUGAAAAUAAACGAUAAAGCGGCAUCAAAUCAUUAUUAAAUGCUUGUUCCUGCCAUUUGUUUAUGCAAUUUGAUUUAAUUCCAUUAUAUAAGUAAAACAAAAGUGUAACGGUGACGAAACCGAUGUGAUAUGCGAUGAUGGAUCCGUAGCGACGUGGGCCGCAUCUGUGACAAAUAUGAUGAAUGUAGAAAUGUUAGUGCUGUACCAGGCGUGUACUAAAACGAAUGACCAUUAACAAUGUUGUUGCCUUCGGGGCGCUCAAACACCUUGACAAGAAUAUCAUCUCCUCUCCUGACCACGAACGUCAUAAAUAAGUCAGAAAACGUGCAGCCAGUAGCUGCGACAGGAGCUACUGACAGUGGGCCAACAACUAUAGAGUCAACAAACGCAGAGGCGGGCAAACAUUCCUCAGCACCCUGUAACCAAUGUGAAAACAGGGCCACUUGCACCGUGCAUGCUGUGUGCGCUCCCAGUCUUCCACCAGUAUUAAACAGUACAGAUGCAGCUACGCCAGUUUUGGAUAGUGCGGGAACUUGGGAAGAAGUCGAGCGACACCUACAAGCAUUACAGGAAAAACUCAAGGAGAACUGGACCGUACACGUGGCUAAAGAGGGUAGACUAUAUUACUGCAAUCAUAUUGCACAAACCUCCGGCUGGUUGCCCUCCUGUGAAGAUUGGGGCAAGAAUGAGGAGCUGCCAUAUGGUUGGGAAAGAGCAGUUGAUUCGAAAGGACGAUCGUAUUAUAUAAACCAUUUAAAUAAAACAUCAACAUAUGAGGCACCUGAAAGUGUUCGGUGGGACGAGAAUCCACCAGAGCCUAGAAUGGUCAUUCUUCAACGCAGUCCUACCCUGGGAUUUGGCUUUGUUGCGGGUAGUGAACGACCAGUGAUAGUUCGUUUCGUCACAGAUGGUGGGCCUAGCAUGAACAAGCUUCAACCCGGCGAUCAUAUUCUCACCGUAAACGGAGAAGAUGUCAGAGAGUCACCACGUGAUCAUGUUAUUCAACAGGUACGAGGUUGUGAAUCACAAGUAACUUUAACGGUGUGUCAGCCUACGUACAGUAGCAUAGCACCCGGCCGUAAAUCAACGCUCCUUUCAGCGGGGAAACGUGCGAAAUUACGGACGAGGCCAAGUCGUGUACGCUUUGCUGAGAGUGUCUGUGUUAAUGGCUCUCCAUUGUUUCCGGCAUCAGCAUUCUCUUUGGGCGACAUUUGUGUGCCACCGAUGGCGAAUGUGCUGAAAGUAUUUCUAGAAAAUGGCCAAACAAAGUCAUUUAAGUACGAUGCGACCACCUCUGUACAGGAUGUAAUGGGUUCGCUUUUGGACAAGCUGUGCCUCUCAACAGGAGAAAUAUUUAGCCUUGUGCUAGAGCAUGUGAAAAGUUUGAAGCGAAAUAAACUCACAUUGCUCGAUCCUGAGGAAUCUUUAGCGCGUAUUGCUGCACGACCAGGUGCGCACAAGCUGCGAUGUCUAUUUCGGGUAACUUUUGUGCCAAUAUCGGCAGCUGAUUUAGCUCAAAAGGAUCUAAAUGCACUCGAUUAUUUGUAUAUGCAGUGCUGUAAUGAUGUUACUCAAGAGCGUUUUGCGCCUGAACUUCAACCGGAGGUUGCGUUAAGACUAGCCGCAUUGCAUAUGCAUCAGCAUGCCUUGGCCAAUAACGUUUCUCCAACGAAGUUGACAGUUAAAUUUGUAGAGCGUGAGUUCGGCUUGGAAAGAUUUGUGCCCAUAUCUUUGUUUGAAGGUAUGAAACGAAAAGAGCUGAGACGCUUAAUAUCACAUUUCUUAAAAUUAAAUGCGGAGAUGACGGGAUCAUCAACCAAAGUUUUGACACAACUUCAGGCGAAAUUACACUACUUAGAUAUUAUUGCAAGUUUGCCAAGCUACGGCGCCAAAUGUUUCAGCACAAACCAAAGAGAAGGAGUCGAGCGUGUUUUACUUGUUAGCCCGAGGUUUGGUUUGAGUCAAAUAUCCAGUACCAGAAAUUCGGUUCCCCAGCCCAUAUCGGCUAUUGAGGAUUUUAGUCAUGUCAUUGUUAACCGAGACGAUGACGUUACAUGCAAUGUGGUCAUAUUUAUGCAAGGUGACAAAGUUGUGAAAUUUUCGAUGGAGGACCGCGAUGCAUGUGAAUUUUCACUAGUUUUGGCUGGGUAUUAUCGAUUGCUGACAGGGAAAAGGCUCCCAUUAGAGCGAGAAAAGGAACAAAAUGAUGAAGACAACGCACCUUCAUAUUUAUCACAACACACUGUAUUGCCCGCAGCUUGGAGCUAUUUGUUGCCCUUACAUAAUAGAGCGCACAGCAUAAACUUUCUCAUGACACCACCAUAUCAUCCGACAAAUAAAAAGGAGAAGUUGUCUGCUACUGAAAGUCCAGAUGCAAUCGGACCGUCUGACGUUAACUACUCCAGCAUUACGGAUAUUAAACCAAAACCAAAGAGCGUUUCAUUUGUUAGUAACGCUGCGAUGGAUCUGGAUAUUCACAGUGUUAUGGCGACAGAGUUACUAGAGGAAGCAAAGGAUUCUGGCAUGAGCGAUAGUAGUGGAGGUGGAAGUAAUUAUUGUGAGCAAUCAAACUGCUCGAAUACAAAUGAUUUUAUUGAGGCUAAAAAUGAAGAGGUGCUUCGGCGCGUGCAUGAAAUGCAGAAAAUGGUGGAAAACUCUGAACAGUAUUUGAACGAACAAUGCGAGUACGUUCAAGAUUUUGCUACCCGCCAGAAAUCAUCUGUGAACUUUAAUUAUUUCGGCCGAAUAAAUUCAUGGCAAAAUGAUUUGUUAAAUGCGGAACAAAGCGCGAACAAAUGGGGCGGUACAAUAGAGUUCGACAGCGAUUGCGAAAGCAUAAACAGCAGUAAGGUUUCUUCAACAGAGGAUACCCCACAACCAGGUGCCCUUAAGCAUAGCGACUCCUUAGUGCUUUUAGCAGAAGCUAUUAAUCAGGAUAUUAAUGGCAUAACCCAGAGCUUAAAAUCUAUCGGUAGCAAUAGUCAGGAUUUAGUAGCAACCAGUGCAAGUGUUAGUGAGGCGUCCAGUCCGCGCUCCGAACGAAAAUUCAACAAUCUCGGGCAAAUACUUAGCAACUUACAAGCAAGUGCCGACUUUUCCCAAAGCGAGAGUGAUUCUGAAUCGGUUAAUUCUCCAACAAACUCACCAACAGCACGUCGACCAAUAAUUCUGUACCCGGGAGAAACCAGAAUCAGCUCUAAAAAGAAUUUAGCAUAUCGUAGCAGCUUCGGCCUACAUAGUCCCGAUGGCAACAAUUUCGGUCCCGAUACCAGAGAUUAUAAUUUGAAAGAAUAUUUAAAGCAACUCAAGGAGAUAAGUAAUAUUGAAGAUCGAAAUCACGAUACCGAUAUUGCUGCGAAGAAACUGUCAGAAAUUUAUGGUUUUGAAAUACGUGCGGACACAUUUAUUGAAACUGAUGCUGAUUUAAUUGAUCUACGAUCUAUACCGCCUCCACGAACCCCCGAUGAGUUAGACUCGAUUACCUUGCUGACUGCAGCACCACACGGAUUCGGUGAUGGAUCCAAAAAGACAUCUAUACCUGAUGUAGACGGUGAUUUAGAUAAAUUUUUAGCGAAAGUAAUAGUUGCACCACCGACUCAGAGAGCUACGCCUGCUAAAGAGCUAACACCAGAGGAAAUAAUGUCAUUUAUUAUACCACCACCACCUAACCUAGAAGAGAUUGAAAAUUCGAAACAGGAGCAUAAUUUAUCAGAAAAGCAAACCGAAGGCUUAUACAGUAACUCUAUAUUAGAAACAGGAGAAAAGGCUAAAACUAAAUCUUUCGAAAGAAUUGACACAAACCGGUCACUCAAGGAAGUGAAUUCUAAAGAAUUUAAUGUGGGUAAAGGAGGACACGUCAUCGAAUAUGCAACAGUUGAAAGAAAAGGAACAUUUUCAUGUUGCCCUAAGUCUAAAAAGGAAGAUAAUUUCAAUGAAUCAGAAUCGGCAAAUACAAGCCUGAAAUUACCCCCUCGUUCGCAAUCUAUAGAAACAUCACCUCCACCCAUUCGGCCUCCUAAAAGUGCAGAACUAAUCAAGCGAUUUUCACCAAAGAAACAACAAGGCUCUAUUGGAAUAUUACCGAAAGUGGAAACAGUUACAAAACCGGAAAUGAUAAUGCAGACUGAAACACCACCUAUCCUACCGCCAAGAACUUGUACUUCCAGCCGCGAAGAGGAAAGUCGUUCCCCUCCACCGGUGAGUGAAGCCCCAAAAAAGCCACCUCUACCGCCAAUAGCCCACCGUCCUACUCCGCGAAAUGCACCAGUUAAUACAACAUACUCUAUGAAGAAAAGCGUUUCACCAGUCCCGCCACAAACACCUCCUCGCAUUUUCCCGGCGUCUAGUCCUAGUUCAAAUUAUUCCAGUAGCUUACAACAGCAUCACCUUAUUACCCCGUCAGCUAUUGGUUAUCAAAGAUCCGCCACUGAUUACUCCUCGACCUACCUUCAGAAUUCAGUAAGCGAUAAAUGUCCAUUCUCUUUGGUCUGCUCUCCACAAAUGGCACGAAAAAUAAAAACUCCUGGGCCUGUCGCCGUUCCUUUGAAUCCCAACAUAACACAAAAAUUCGGCGAAAAAUAUAUUAUAAAAAAUGGACACGUUAUUGACAGCGAAGCACUGCUGGCCAAAACCGAUUUAGCAAUGUCAGGACUUAUGGUAAAACUAGAUCAAGUAGCCGCUCAGUGUUCGGCAGCGCAACUUGCUGGUGGUGGCAUUAGAAUUGAUGAAGAUAAAUUCCAGCGGGCGCGAAAUGAACUGACCGAACAAACAUUAGUUUUGGUGACUGCGUCAAAAUUCUUGGUGGUGGCUAUGUCCGAUAUGACGUUAUCAUCAUUGCCAGAACAUCUCACUUCAUGCCUCACAGCGAUCCGGCGUAUCACCGAACUCACUCAAGAUAUGACGCGCCAUACCUCAUCACCUCUGCAAACCCGUAACAUCGUACUCAAAGUGCAUGACGUGGCUUCCAGUUUCAGAGAACUAGUAGGUGUAAAAAUAGGUCCACUUGGCGCAGGACCACUUGCAUUACAGGCUGAAUGCUUAGCUAACGUCUUAGCUACAUUACUUCGCAGUUUACGAGUCUUCUCACCAUGA